CCCAUUCCAGUCACGUUGAGAAAACUGAUGAUGGUGAGAAUCGAAUAAAGGAGCAACUUGAUGCUCAAGCUUGCAGAGACUGCACGUGUGAGAGGACGCUGUUGGAGGUUCAUGGCGAGCAAUCACCUCCGUCUACGCCAACCACGGACCUUCGUGGGUCGGGCUCUCUCACGGUCACGCCCCGCCGCCGCACCAGCCGCCGCCGCCGCCGCCUCUUUCCCUUUUCACGGUAAACUCCUUGUUUUGCCUCGCCGAUUGCGACGCACGCGCACGCGCACGCACCUGCGAAAAAGUGGCAGUAGCAGAGCAGCAGCAUCAGCAGCAGCAGCAGCAGCAGCAGCAGCAGCAGCACAGGCAACAGUAGCGCGAGCGAUUGUGUGAACAGCAGCAUGGGGGCUAGAAAAGUCGCAAGAGAGAGGCAUUCGGACCG